CAGUUCAUCUCACCUCAGCUUCCUCUCCAUUUUUUUGCUUGGUUUAGUUAGCCUUCCAUGUCCCUAUCCAAACGGCCAAUCCCUUGCUUCUAACUUCCAAUGUUUUUUUUUUUAAAAUUCUUUUGAAAAAAAAAAAAAAAUUAUGAGUCGUAGUAGUGAAGGGGAAGCUGACUAGCAACUAAUUAUUUAAUUAAUUAAUUAAGAUGGAGAGAGAGAGAGAGUAGAAUAGAGACAAUGAUUAAAUCAAAGCAAAGAGGGUAGUAGAGUAGUUGGUUGUGGUUGUGGUGGAGGAUUCUUCCAUUGAUCAAAAUCAAAGAGCUUUAGGUAGAGAAAGAACCGUGGAAUGGGUUCUUGCUAUUCGAAAUCUGAGAGGAGAGAUUGUGUUGAAUCAGUAGAUGUAGAGAGCGGUGGAGAACGAGGCGGCUACGGCACCGGUACUCCGCCCAGGAGCCACCGGAGGAAGAAGAGAAAACCAGGCAAGGAGAUUGAGAUCCCUGGAAGGAUGUGCUUCAACUCAGCCUCUAAAGUCUCCUGCUUGCAUACUCAGCAAGGCAAGAAAGGAACCAAUCAAGACGCCAUGCUCGUUUGGGAGAGCUUCAGUGGCCGGAGUGAUACUAUAUUUUGUGGGGUAUUUGAUGGGCAUGGUCCUUUCGGUCAUAUGGUAGCCAAGAAAAUCCGUGAUUCUCUUCCUCUCAUACUAUCUACCCAGUGGGAAGCUAGGUCUUCAUCUUCCAAUGGAGAAAACCACCAGAACCAGAUUGAGGAUGAGGAUGAGGAUGACCAUGAAGAAGGUCACCAUGAUGAUAAUAAUGAAUGUUCUGACCAAAACCAACCCCAACAACUUCCACUCCCCGACAUGUAUCUACCUCUUAAACACGCCUUCUUAAAGGCUUUUAAGUUGAUGGAUAAGGAAUUGAAGCUACACCCUACUAUUGAUUGCUUCUGCAGUGGCUCAACGGCUGUUACUUUAGUAAAGCAGGGUGAGCAUCUUGUGAUCGGAAAUGUUGGGGAUUCGAGAGCAGUAAUGGCGACGAGGGAUCAAGACGGCACUUUGAUUGCUGUGCAGUUAACUGUGGACUUGAAGCCUGAUCUUCCUGGUGAAGCUGCUAGGAUCCAACAAUGCAAAGGAAGAGUAUUUGCAAUGCAGGACGAGCCUGAGGUAGCACGUGUCUGGUUGCCUAAUAACGACUCGCCUGGUCUAGCAAUGGCUAGAGCUUUCGGGGACUUCUGUCUCAAGGAUUUUGGUUUGAUUUCGGUCCCAGAUGUUUACUAUCGCCAUCUUACAGAAAAGGAUGAAUUCAUUAUUCUUGCCACCGAUGGGGUUUGGGAUGUCCUAUCAAAUAAGGAAGCUGUGGAAAUCGUUGCCUCAGCUCCCAGUCGUGCAACAGCCGCCAGAGCUCUGGUGGACUGUGCUGUUCGAGCCUGGAGGCUUAAAUAUCCCACUUCGAAAAAUGAUGAUUGUGCUGUCGUUUGUCUGUUUCUAGAACACAAGUAUUCGAUCAGCGUGGCUGUCAUCGAGACUGAUAAGACAAAGAACCAUGAAGGAGCAAAGGAAAUAGCCGAUGAAGGUUUAGAAGUUAUCGAUUAUUCUCAUGGUAUUGUUAUCAAUCCUGAUCCUCCUUUGGAAACUAUAGGAAGCUCUAGUGAGAUUGUGCCUGUUACAGAGGAAAAUUUUCCUGCGAAGAGUCAGUCUAGGAGAAGCCUAGCCGAGUUCAUUUCAAGUGCAGACGAGGACGAGGAGUGGUCAGCUUUGGAAGGCGUUACUCGGGUUAAUAGUCUGCUAAGCCUUCCUAGGUUUUUGUCCGGCGAUAAAAGAUCAGCGAACCGGAGAAAGUGGCUGUGAAAUCUCGCCAGAACAGAACAGGACUUGUGAUUUUUCAUUUUUGCUUCACGACCAUAUUUUCUUUAUAGAAAGGAAUUAGUUUGUGCUAGUUCACUGGCUGUAAAAUAUAAGUUUUCUUUCUUUGUAUUUGCAAUUGCAAUUUAACAGUAACCGUAAAAAUCCCAGGGCCAUAUUGGGGAGUUUUGAUCUCUGAGAGUCUCUGACUUGUGUCAUUGAAUGUGCACUAUUUGUGGUCGUGAAGCAAAUAGUACACAUUCAGUGACUUGUGAUUUUUCAGUUUUGAUUUCACUCGAGAUUCACUUGUCUUUCACCUUAAA